AGUUGGAAGUUGAGAACGUCGGGAAGUCAGCUCGUCAACCUUCUUGCGGCCACUGUGGUUGUACAUAGAUCGCUUGCCAAUCGGAGAUACUCACCCGCCCAGCCAGCUUGAGCCGUGGACUUGACGUCUCUCCCUCGCUUCGAGUUCGGCCCACAAGAUCCAUCCCUCCCGGUGUGUUUCAGCCCGACCGAACUGAUUUCUUCUUCCGAUUAGCUCAACAACCCCAACAGACAAACAAAACGGAACACUUCCCCAAGCGACCGAUCAAGAGCUGAUAACUACAGUAUAGUAACAACACAGCCACAAGCAAGCACCCGAGCAACAAAUAAAGCUAAAUAAACAAGCCAGUCAAAUUAUAAGACAAACAACACCUGCAUACACCCAUAGUACUUCAACAUCCACUGCAUACAUACACCCAACUCAAGAACCUCCCCCCCAAAAAAAACUACAAUUCACGGAACUCAGCAAAAAGCAGUGAAAAAACCCAAUCAAGCCUCCGAUCGAUCGCUCCCCUUCUCUUUCUUUACCUUAUCCCUCCUCCCUCUGCCCUUCCCCAGCUUGUCGCUCCCGAUUACAUCAUCCUCUUCGUAUUCCAUCAAGACUGCCUCACAACCUGUUCAUACGCAUUUAUCCCAUCAUCUCCAGGGCUCAUCACACAAGAAGCUACAUAUAAUCAACUUGAACUUGUAAUUUUUUCCUCAGCUUUCUUUCCUCUUCUUCUUCUUCUGAUUUGCGCUCCCCCUAUAUCCAUCCUUCUAUCUCUCACUCCUCCCUGAAUCACUCGUCAUGGCCUCCUCAACCAACCUUAAUCCGAUCGGCUCCCCUGGCGCAGCUAGUGACGCUAGCUAUGAGUCCAUCCAAACCGACGAGGAAGAAAAACCAAGUGAUUAUGAUAAGGGUGGUUACCAUCCCGUCACGAUUGGCGAAACGUUUUGUGAUGGCCGUUAUCUGAUCGUACGCAAGCUCGGCUGGGGUCACUUUAGUACGGUCUGGUUGGCUCAUGAUACUCAUCUCAAUCGUCACGUCGCCCUCAAAGUCGUCAAAUCAGCCCACCAUUACACCGAGACUGCUGAAGACGAAAUCCGACUUCUCCAACGUGUCGUGACUGCGAGUCCUAACCAUCCCGGUCGCCGCCAUGUGGUCUCUCUAUUGGAUUCCUUUCGACAUCGUGGUCCGAAUGGGUCACACGUUUGCAUGGUUUUUGAGGUCUUGGGCGAAAACCUACUCGGUCUCAUCAAACGAUACCAGUACAGGGGUGUCCCAGAACACAUCGUCAGGCAGAUAUCUAAGCAAGUCUUACUCGGUCUGGAUUAUCUUCAUCGAGAAUGUGGCAUCAUACAUACCGAUCUCAAGCCCGAAAACGUUUUGAUCUGCAUAGAAGAUGUCGAGAGCGUCGUUCGAGCCGAGCUAGAAACCUGUCCAGCAGCCGUACCCACCAAACUAGUUGGUGUACCGCCAAGCCAGGGUCGUGGCGGCGCCCAAACUCCUCGCAAUGGGAUCUUCAUCACCGGCUCGCAGCCGUUACCAAGCCCAUCGGGCAGUUUCGGAACCAGUCCGGUGAUCGAAAAACUGGCGUUUCAAAUGAGCAAGAUAUCCGAUGGCGCAUCAAACGAGCAAUCAUCUAGUGAAAGUAGUAACAAGCCCGGUUCAAGCGAGAAGAAGAACUCAUCAACCUUUCCCAAAGUCAACCCUGAUCCAUCAUCCCAACGCCCCGGUCCAUCAUUGCUCUCUCAAACGGCACCCAACUCAAACAAGUCGAAUGGAAUUCUUACAAACGAGGGUAGUUCGAAUACUCCCAACUCUCAAGCAUAUCCCCCACACGACUAUGCUACUCUCUCACAAACGCCCGCCAAUCAAUCACCCACCUCAUCCCCUGCGCCUACAGGUCGAGUCGGAGGGGCAGACUGCGCACGGCCCGCUGGCGAAAGCACCGAUCGGACCCCCUUACCACCCGAAGCCCCAUACGACCCCCGUAGUCUCGAACGGAUUACCGUUAAGAUCGCUGACCUCGGAAACGCCAGUUGGACCAACAAUCAUUUCACAGACGAUAUCCAAACCAGGCAGUAUCGCAGUCCAGAAGCAAUCCUUGGUAGCAAAUGGGGCACGCCAGUUGACAUCUGGAGUGCUAGUUGUAUGAUAUUCGAGUUAUUGACCGGUGAUUACCUAUUUAACCCUGAUGCAGUAGCCAAAAGGUAUACAAAAGACGAUGAUCAUAUCGCCCAGAUCAUUGAACUCGUGGGCCCAUUCCCUACACCUGUAGCACUCUCUGGAAAGUUCAGCUAUGAGAUUUUUAACCGGAAAGGCGAACUACGACAUAUUCACAAACUGAAACACUGGCCGCUGGAAGCAGUCCUGAAGGAGAAAUAUUGUCUAGACAAGCAAGCGGCGAUUGACUUGACGAGUUUCCUGGAGCCAAUGUUGAACGUGGUUCCGGAGAAGCGCGCGACGGCGGAGCGGAUGCUGAAGCAUUGCUGGCUGGAAGGGGUGGUAGUGAUGGGCGAGCUGGAAGCGGCGGCGGUGAGCGAGCAAAAGAAGAGUCUCGAGGGUGCAUCAAAGGUGGACAACGAGGGUGAGACAGAGCGGCCGUCUGAGUCCGCACCGUCCUCCUCGCCGCUUGCGCCCGAUUCUUCCCGCGCCUCCUCGGUCUCCACCCGUCGGACGUCGAUCGCCGGCAGUAGUAGCAAGCUCAAAAUCACUGGUAGCACUGGCGCAGGACCCGCCAAGGGCACCCCCCUCGGAAAGGCCCCCGCAGCCGUCGCCGUCAGUACCGCCGACUCAGCAACAAGAAAUGUUGACGGAUCCCAGGCUCAGAGGAGUGUCUCCGGAAGCCAGAGUCGAUUGAAGGCCGGCUCGCCGACAACCGUCCUUGUUGGAUGACCCUUCUUUCUCUCUCUCUCUUAUCUUCAACUACAAUAUAUCUAUAUACAAUUACAUGCAUUUUCUCUGUUCUCUUAUCAUUCAUCAGGCUUGAACAGAAAGAAAAGGGAUGUCAAAAACAUUUGAUUGUCUAUAUAUGGUUAUAUAGGCUAAAGAGAAAAAAAAAAUAUGUUUGAUGCCCCCAAGUUUUUUUUUUCUCUCUUUUCAAUCUAUCGUGUUACAUUUUUUUUUUCUGUCUCUUCCCACAUUUUCAAAAAAAU